GAAAGCCUCAGCACCAACUAGUAACCAUUCGCUCAGCAAUGGCGAUACAUCCUCGGAGUCUGCCAGUCUUCCUGGCCCCAUUUCUAAUUGGGCUCAGCUUCAGCGCGGCUUCCGUAGUGAAUCUGAGAAAGUACAACAGCGUAUUACAUCAAGUCGAGGACAGAGUUCGCAGUCCCGAAGGACCUGGCAGGCAAGGCCCACCUGGGGACCACGGGCCACUUGUGGGCCCCGGAGGACCCCCCGGGGGGAAUGACACGAGUGGAAUGAUAUUUGGACCUGGGGGACCUGGAGGACCUGGGUUCCCCCCUGUAGCCCCGACUGGUGAAAAGUGUGUCAGCAUGUGUGAGAAACUGGAGGCUUUAAUCGAUUCGCUGGAGGCUAACAUAACGCAACCGAACGUGACAGCGGCUAACGCGACCGACCCAGACAUUCCACCAGUGAUAUUCUUCGUAUUCCUCUUCUGUUCCAACUCCACUGCCGACGGACCUCUCAACCAGACUCAUCCUGGUAAAAUUGGGGAUUCCUCUGAGGAAACUGGUGAAAGUGAGGAAUCUUCAGAGGAAUCUGGUGAAGACGGGGAUUCUGCAGUAUCCUCGGAAGAGGAAGGUGGUGAUAAUGAUGAAACAGACCGCUGGAUAAGCUGGGAUCGGCUGGAGGCCAGACACCGAGGGCGUCCAGGGCGUCCAGGACACUUCCAUAAAGUCUGUAAAGCACACGAGCGGCUGAUGAACUUGCAAUCAAUAAGGCAAACUAUGGACAACGCCACCCAUUUCAAUCAGAGCGGACCCUUGCAACCAUUGCUGGACUAUGUUCAUGACGUGUGCCAAAAUAGUAGUGACGUUGGUGACGGUGAUGGUGAUGGUGAUGGUGAUGGUGAUGGUGAUGGUGAUAGCAGGAUGAUAAGGAAGGGACCUCAACAGCAUUCUGGCAAAGGUGCCAAAUUCGACAACUGGGAUGGGCCCCCCGGACACAUGGGAGAUCCCAUAGCCGAAUUUUGUGAGGUCGUUUCCAUCGUCUUGCAACCAAUGGGUGGUGGUAACUUCACGGCUCCGGGUGGGUCAGCGGAGGUCAUGGCUUUCUUCAAGGACAUGGUGUCUUGUCUGUGCAACAUCGAUUUGAACAAAUAGGAACCACGAAAUUUGGGCCAUUACCAAAAGGAUAUCAUAAUAAACAGCGGCAUUAGAAAUUCCUACCAGCGGAUCUGCUCUUAAUAAGAGUAGAAUUUUUCAAGAUAAUCCUAAGAUAAGACCUUGAAUCAAAGCUCUUGUUACUGCAUACUCAGUGAUAACCGAUUCCCUUGUUUGUUCAGCGUUUGUUUAUGGUUGUGUUAACUUCAUCCACUUAAUUGUUUUUUUAAGAAAGUGAAUCAACAUGUUACUGCAGAAACACUGUUAUUGAUGACUUAAUACAACAUAGAGGAAAAA